GGGGAUAAAGUUGUCUGGAAGAAGCCGGUAAUCCCAGGCCGGCCCGGCACAUUCAUCCCAUGCAGUGUCCUCUACAGAUGAGUCAGUGCCGGGUGUACCGAGCACUGGAGGCCGGUGAAUGGCCACUGCCCGGCGUGGCCAUGUCGGAUCUGUGCCGCCUUUGCUCCGCCCCUCUCCGCGGGUCGCGUCGCAAGUGGCUGUUUGGUGGCUCUGGGGCUCUCCCCGAUUUAUUCUCGCAAGUCCUCGGGACUCCUGUCCAGCGCAGCCCGCCUGGAACGACUUCCAAAGCGGGCAAAGGCAAGGGUCAGCCGGAAGAUGCCGAGUUCCUGUGCGGAAAAUGCUGCCACACGCUCAGCGUCUACCACCGCUACAACCUGGUGAUGUCCCGAAUGAAAGAGCUCUACGAGCAGAGGUCGGUUCGCCUUUUCAAGGAGCGGCAGAAGCUUUCGUCCACUCUCCGGACCAUCCACGCCAGGGCUUGGGGCCUGCCCCUCCCCGAAUAUCACAGCCAGGAACGCAAUUUGUUUGGCUCUUACAAUGAUCUCCGAUCACCCGGCUACUACAAAUCUCAAAAUAAUUUCCUUUCUCCGGGGUACCAGAAUUCCUUCCCCAGCUCGCCCUUCCCAGAUCGCCCGAGCUCCUUCCAUGGUUCUUUCGGCUCCCUGUCUUCAGGAACCAACUCCAAGUCCUACCAAGAACUUCUGGACCAAGACCGCUCGCGGUGGGCGCAUGAGAGCUGGUGGGAUGCCAACUCGGCAGGCUGCUCACGUUGCGUCAAGGGGGAAAAGUGCCAUUCCUGCUCAUCAUGGAGGGUCUCUGAUGCCAACUAUGAGUCCGUCUGCACCGUACCAAGGAGGAAGAAACAGCACAGUGGAUCGGACGCUGGCAGCACGGGUCUCCAGAGGAGUAAAUCUCUGGGCAGCUUUAAUGACAGCAGCAGCAGCACCAAGGGCUCCUUGUCUUCCUUGUCCACCACCUCUUUGGACUCCUUGUGCUUCACGGGGGAAGAAGAGGCCGGCGUCUUCUGGGAACCCCAUUCGCCUUUCCCGUUAUCUCCACCGGCGUCUCUACACUCCCCCAGGCCCGUGGUGGGAGAAGUUCUGAAAAGCUUAAAGGAGAUCAAAUACAGUCCAGUAAAAACGCCAACGCGAAGCAAAAUACCAGUCAGGGGUCAGCAGAGGGCAAGAGGCGAGCGUGGGGAGCAGCAGAUCCCCAUUCACCAGGGACCACAGGAGCCAGUGGUGGAAGGACUGGGGGAAGACUGGGAUACCUUCAUGGGAGUUGGCCCUGAGGUAAGAUAA